GAUGUAGAUUGAAGAAAGUCAGUGAGAGUUGAAACAUUUGGCAACCGCAAUUACACGUUAUUGAAGUCAAAUCGUUAAGUAAAGUUUAUCAAUAUUCAAUUAAACUAAUUGAGCAUCUUAUUGACAAUAAAAUGUCAACAAUAUCAGCAACAGAAGCUCCGCAUCUUCAACAAAUUGACUUAACAAAGUUAACCAUUCCUCGAUUGAACCUAUUGAAGCAGCAACUAGAUAAGGAGCUCGACGUUUUUCAAGAAUCACUUCAAGCUUUAAAAAUAGCACAAAAUAAAUUCCAAGAGUCGGGUCAUUGUUUGGAUAAAAUUACACCGAAAGCUCAAGGAAAAGAGAUCUUGGUACCUCUAACAGAAUCAAUGUACGUCCCAGGGAGGUUAGCAGAUACGGAAAAUGUGCUAGUUGACAUUGGAACAGGUUAUUACGUGGAAAGGAAUGUUGCAGAUGCAAAAGACUACUUCACUAGAAGAGUAGCCUAUGUUACGGAGCAAAUGGAAAAAAUUCAAAUGGCUGGAUUAGAGAAAAGUAAAAUACGUGAUGCAAUUAUUGAUGUGAUAAAAAUGAAAAUUCACGGUCUGUCAAAAAAUGAAGGAGCUUGAAAAAGUAGUGGAGGUGUUAAUUAAAUAAUUCAACGUAAGAACUCAUUAAUUUUAUUUAUAAUUGAUAAACAUUAUAUAAAACUAAUUCAUUUUAA